AUGACUGAUAUAACAAAAGUCUUUCGUGCUGUUAUAAAAGCUAAACAUGUAACAAAGGAUUUUAAUCUUGGUUUAAAUAAACAUGUAAAAAAAAGUGAAAAAAUUUCAACAAAUUUUUUAUCACGAGCAAAAUUAAUUCUUAAUGAUAUAAUAAAAUUAAAAAAUAUUUUACUUAAUUCUCGUACAAUUUAUUUAAGUCCAUAUUAUCUUUUAUCAUCAACAAAUAAAAUAAUGAAUGAUGAACAACGUCAAGAAUUUGAAUGUAAUAUGGAAAAACAAAUAAAACAAUGUCGAGAUAAUUUAGAACAAUUAAAAUCAUCUAUUGGACAAAUUUGUUUUCAAGGACAACGUCGUACACAUUUUGAAUUAGUUUGUGCUUAUUUAGAACGUGAUUUAGUUGAAUGUACUAAAAUUUAUAGUGAACAAAAAUGUUUACGAUAUAAAUGUGAAUCAGAAAGAAAAAAAAUUGGACGACUUGAUACUGAUGAUCAACGUGUCAUAUUAAAUUUGCAUAAAAAUAAUAAUCGAAAAAAGACAAAUGAUUUUAUAGAUGAUACAAAAAAAUCAACAAACACAAUUGACAACAAUUCGAAUAAUACAACAGCAACUACUACUAAUCAUCAUUUUGAUCAAGAUAAUCAUAUUGAAAAUGAUGAAGAAAAUCAAAUUCCAUCAACUCCACCAACUAGUAGUGAACUUCGUCAAUUACAAAUAGAAAAUAAUCAAUUAUAUCAUGAUGUUGCCCAACGUAGUGAAGAAAUUCAUGCAAUAUCAACACAAGUUGUUGAAAUAGCACAAUUACAAAAUGAACUAUUCGAUAAUAUAUUUAUGCAAAAAGAUCUUAUUGAAGAAGUUGAUGCAGCAGCUGUUGCUAGUAAUGAUGAUUUAGCUGCUGCUAUUAUACAUAUUCGUGAUGCUGUUCGAAAUACAGCACAAAUGCGUCGUUGGAUUAUAUUUUUUUUACUUGUUAUGAUUUUCUCACUUCUCUUUCUUGAUUGGUAUAAUAUGUCGGAUACGAGUACGAGUAAUAGUGAUGUUGAAGAUGAUAUUGAUGAUAUAUUACCAAUAUCAUCUCAUGUAAAUAUUAUUCAUGGCCUUAAAACUGUAUCAUGUUUAACAUUAGAUUCAAAUGGUAUGCGUAUGAUUACAGGUGGACAUGAUGAAACAAUGAAAAUGUUUGAUUUUACAUCUAUGGAUAAAAAUUUUCAACCAUUUCGAACUAUUCAACCAUGUCCUGGACGAUUAUUACGAGCUAUUGAAUAUAGUGCAAAUAAUGAUAUGAUACUUAUUAUUCCGGGAGAUUGUCAGGCAAUUGUUGUCAAUCGAGAAGCAUCUGGAAAACAUAUUAUUUAUAAAACUGUACUUGGUGAUAUGUAUGUAACUGAUAUGAAUCGUACAAAAGGUCAUAAAUCAUUAUUAAAUUAUGGUUGUUGGAAUCCAUCAUCAAAUUCAGAAGAAUUUAUGACAUGUGCUGAUGAUUGUACAUUACGUAUAUGGUCAUUAAAUAAACGUGAUCAACAAUUACAUGUUAUUCGUACAAAAGGUGAAUCUGGUCGUGAUGUACGAACAACAACUUGUACAUAUAAUCAAUCAUUAUAUCAUAAUGAAAAUUUAAAUUUAAUAGCUGCUGGUUGUGAUAAUGGUAGUAUACUUGUAUGGGAUCGUCGUCGAUCAUUUGUACAUGUUACAUUUAAAUGUUUAAAUGCACAUUUACAAGAUGAAUCAAUAACAUCAUUAAAAUGGUCAUAUGAUAAUCAAAUAUUAGCAUCAAGAUCAACUGAUCAUACACUUAAAUUAUGGGAUAUAAGAAAAUUUAAUCAAUGUUUAUCAUCUUAUGAAAAUAUAUAUAAUCAUUUUUCAAUGACAAAUAUAUCAUUUUCACCAAAUGAUAAAUUUCUUAUAACUGGUGUAUCAAAACUUAUUAAUUCAACUAAUGAUGAUAAUACAAAUGGAAAAUUAAUAAUAUUUAAUCGAAAUAAUUUAUCAAAAAUAGCUAAUGAAAUUUUAUUUAAUGAUAGUGUUAUACGAACAUUAUGGCAUCCAAAAUUAAAUCAAAUAUUUACAACAACAAAUAAUGGACUUAUUCGUACAUUUUAUGAUGAACAACGAUCACCAAUGGCUGGUAUUCGUUUAUGUCUUAAUCGUAAAGAAAAAAAAUCUAAAGAUACAAAUGAUUUUAUUACUAAUAUUAAUCCAAUUAUAACAUCUAGUUCUACUUCAGAUUCUAUAAAUGAACAAAAAAAAACACAGAUUUUUCCAGAAAAACGAAAAGAAGAAAAUAAAUCUUCUUCUUCAUUACAUCAACAUUUUAUUCAAACAAUAGUAAAAUCAAAUUUUAUAGAAAAAGAAGAUUCACGAGUUGAAUUAUUAAAAUAUGCUAAAGAAGCUGAAUGUAAUCCAAAAUGGAUUACACCAGCUUAUGUACAUACACAACCUAAACCUAUAUUUCAACAACAAAUUGAAGAAGAAAAUGAUGAUGAUGAUGAUGAUCUAUUACCAAUUAAAAUAAAUAUUCUUGGUUUUGAAUUUAUAACAAUGCAUAUUUCAGUAGCGAACUAUGGUGAUACUGAAGAGUUAUUAACAAUUGAAAUAGCUCCUGAUCUUACAAUAAAAGAUUUAAAAGUUGUAGUUGAAUCUGAAUCAAAUUUUGGAAUAAAAGCAGAUGAAAUGAAUCUUUAUUUUGAUGGCAAAUUAAUUCGUAAUGAAAAUCAAACACUUGAACAAUCGAAUUUAAAAGAUUAUGAUGUUGUUACUUGUCAACGAAGACUACCCAGUGCGACUGCAAACCCAGGCGCAGGUUCUAGAAUACGUCUAUUAUUUGAUCCUCAUAAUCCACAACAACUUUUUAAUGAUCUACGUGCUAAUCCAACAGUACUUCAACGAGUUCGUCAAACUGAUCCUCAAUUAGCCGAUGCCGUUGAACGAAAUGAUAUGAAUGCAUUCUUGCAAUAUGUGAUGAAUCGUAUGGCACCUCAAUUAAUGCGUCCUCCAACUGAAUUUGAUUUACUUGAUCCAAGAAUGCAGCGACGUAUUGAAGAAGCUAUUAAUAUGGAAAAUGUUCUAGACAAUAUGGAACAUGCUUAUGAGCAUGCACCUGAAUUUUUUGGUCAUGUUCUUAUGCUUUAUAUUAAUUGUAAAAUCAAUGGUCAUCCUGUUAAAGCAUUUGUUGAUUCUGGUGCUCAAAUGACAAUUAUGAGUAAACAAUGUGCUGAACGUUGUGGAAUUAUGCGUCUUAUUGAUACACGUUUUAGUGGCAUUGCUCGAGGUGUUGGUACACAAAAAAUUCUUGGACGUAUUCAUUUAGCACAACUUGAAGUUGAAAAGCAAUUUUUUGCAACUUCAUUAGCUGUACUUGAAGAUCAAUCAAUUGAUAUGUUAUUAGGACUUGAUAUGUUACGACGUCAUCGAUGUGUCAUUGAUUUGGAUAGAAAUGUACUUCGAAUUGAAAAUAGUGUUGAAACAAGUUUUCUACCUGAAUCUGAAUUACCAGCACAUGCAAGAUUAUCGGUUCAUUCACCCGGUGCAGAAGGUCAUGAUCUACCAGGAGCAUUUUUACAAUCAACUGCAGAAUCAGCUCGAAGAACUUCUAUCGAUCUUGAUAAUCGUCGUCAACAACGAUCGAAUCAACCAGCAGCAGCAACAGCCAGUGCAUCAUCUUUAACACCAUCACCUUUUCCAGAGAAAGACAUUAAAGAAUUAACAAAGAAAGGAUUUACAAGAGAAGAAGCUAUAGAAGAAUUAAAAUUAACAAAUGGAGAUGUAACUAGAGCACUUGUUACACUGAUGGCAAAAUCUUUAGGAGGACCCAAACGAAAAAAUUAA